GACUUCUCAGUGUCAUAAACAUCAGACAACAUUGGUAGCUUUGAGGGCCCUGAGAUCAUGGACGCGGAUAAACUCAUUAAUCAUGAACUUGAGUAGGUUGGCCAAUUUUUGUCAGCGCUGAUUUUAUGAAACCUUUGUAGCAUGGAGUAAUCGUUGAAGAAUAAUUCUAAGCUGCGUAAGUAAUAUUCAAAUUUAAAGAAAUCUGUUUUAGCUUACAGCUGUUGAGAAGCUCUGCAUCUUGGACCUGGGAGCCCUUAAACUCAUAAGCUUCUGUGCUCCAUUUCCUUGAUCAUUUUGGAUUGGUUUUUCCAUCAGAAGUGAAAGAAUAAGAAGUCUUUCCCUUUGAUAUGCUUUCGCUUAAUGCUUUCUCUGAUCUGCUGAUUUCUCUCAGUUUAUUUGGUUUAUGAAGCUAAUAUUUCAAUCAUUAUUCUAAUUUAUUGGAUGUACGUAGGGAGUGAGGAGGGAAUGACUUAUUCUUGUUUCCAGAGAACAUGCUAGGGAGCUCUUAAUAAUAAAACCAAAAUUGCCAUGCGUUCUCUAUUUAACUGAGUGGUUAAUGGGUCACCAACCUUGAACGUUUUGCAAAUGGAGGCUAGUUUCUUCAAGGUAUGCAUUCAGAAUCUGUAAAUGUUCUUGAGGUUGCAUGCUUGAGCUCUGACCUAUUUGCUUCUGCCAUCUAGUCAAGGAGAAAAAAUCAGCCUUUCCUAGAACUUCUCUUGUUGUAACGUCAGCCACAAAAUAAGCUUUUGCAUCCUCUACAAUUACUGGGAUCGAUGCCUUUCUGCCCAAGAGCUGAAUUUGGCCACCUAUAAUUUUUCUCAUUUUGAGCAGUUUAGUUUUUCUGGUUUUCAGAAACGCAAGCGACUGCUCUGAAGUGAAAUGAAGUAAAAGGAAAUAUCUCUUCUAGUGUUCAUCUUGGAAGUCUGAAUUUGGGCGCACAGACCAAUGUAGUGAGCUCCAGUAGAUAUUUAGUAGACAUUUUCUUCCUGCUGUAUAUUUGGGCCUUCUGUUGAGGAGUUUGAUUUAUUAUUAAAUUAUUUGUGUAUGCAGACUUUAAUCUGUACGUAUUUUACGUUGAUGUAUUAGGAUUUGUAAAUAAACUGAUUUUUAAAUAUUAUUUAUACACAUACUUAAAGGACUGGUUUACCCAGCCGAGCAAUUGCUAAGUAAUAAAUGUUACUUCUUAGUAAUAAAUCACCAGAUCAUUAAAUUGUAUAUCCCUCAGGGUUAUUUUUAAAGGUUUUUUUCCUUCCCUUUUUCACUUAAUUAGCAGUAACUGGUUUCACAUAAUAUAGAGCUAAAUCUACUGUAGAAAGAAAAUGCUGCGAACAAGGCUUGAGUAGAAGCAGCUCAGACACCCACAGAACUGGCUGUCCACAUUCAUUGUAACUUCAAAUUGGGAACUUUUACUGUUGCACUUUUAAGAAGUUGUUGAAUUUUUAAUUCUAUUUAUUUGUUUUCCUUUGUGAAGGUUGCGCUGAGCAGUCAUCCCAGAUUGGGUAAAAUACUCCUGUACUGCUUGUGUGUAUACAGUAUAAUCCUAAGCAGAUGUGGAGUCCUAUUUCUUUUUUUAUGCUGCAAAUGUUUACUGCUUACGUUGGUCAUCAUUGCAAGAGCUGAAGUCCUGUAGGAUUUCUCCCAUGAAAUUCUGAAUUGUAAACUUAGGUUUUUGUAUAUCUGAGGGAAAGCUGUGGGGUUUUGACAGUUUUUAAGUCUUGAAUAUGUUGAUUUUAUACAGUAAAGCUUCAGGUUUUUAGAUCUAUUUUCAACAAACUGCAUCUUCUUUGAUAAUUACGUGAGCCGGAAAUUACUCCGUUCAUCAUGAAUUCCUCAAUCCUAAUACAGAUCAAAAGAAUCAUCAUUACAGCACUCUCCAGAAGCUCAGCUUCCUUUUCAUUUUUAAAUCUGAAAUGAUUCUGCGUCUUUGUAUUUAAAAUACGUAUUGCUGCUCUAGAAUGGUACCCUGUCAAGAGGCAUACAUAAAUAACUGUAUAAUAUAAUUGUAAAUAGUCUUGUAAAUCAUUUUUGUGACUGAAACUCUUUGAAAAUAAAAUUAAAACAAACAGAUAUUUUAACUCUUUUCAUUAGUUUCAUGAAAUUCUUUUUGAUUACUCAUUACUUUAAUGCAGGGCGUGCUGAAGAAUGUAGGCUAAAGUCCUACUGAUGUCCUGAGUUAUCCUCUUCAGUGCCUUUAUGUUCUUGAAGCUGGGAGCAGUGAAGUAAGCGUGCCGUGUGCUGACAGUGUGUGUGAUGGUGCUGCUAUCUGUGGUAGGGUAACAGUGAUCCCACUUUCAGCCAGUGGCUUAUAAAAGCCAUUUAAAAGCCAGACCUAGAGGUGAGAGAUUCAUUCCCACCCUCUCUGUCCAAAUGGUCUUCCUGGCCUUUGAAGUGUGAGAAGCAUUAUCUUAAAAAGACUCUUGCAUGAAUGUUCCUAGCUGUGAGCUCUUGCUGUUUUCACAGUCAUCUUCAGAAAAACCAUGCUGAAGUAAAUGUAUCUUUUCCAUCCUGCAGCUCACCCUCAGUUUAAAUGUUUAUUGACAGCACAUGUUAUUUCCAGUUUGAAGACAAGGUGUUUCAAAUGCCUGGUUAACAAAGGACUUAAUUACAGAAACUUUCAAUUUCAAGCAAAGAUUUUGGUAACUUACAGCUUUUCUCUCUUCAGAAUCUUUCAGGCUUUAGGUUUUGUUGGUGAUGACUGUAGAAGACCUGAAGGAAGAACGGAAGCCAAAUGGGUCAGCUCUGGUCUGCUUAGCCAAAGCACUCCUCACAUUGCUUUGACUCCAAUCCUGCACGAAGGUAGAAGAGCAGCCUUGUGAAGGUACAUAUCAAUUGCAAUUGAUUGUUUGAAAUGGCUGCGUUUAUUCCUACAGAAUCUGAUGGAUCUGUUCAGUAGACUGCUGUGAAGUGUCUGACAAGUUGGAAAGAAGUUUCAAACUGUAAUUCAUGUUGAAAUUCAGAUUUCUGACUAACCAAGUUUGUAUUGUGCUUGUUUAGGUACACGUUCUACUGUCACAAGUAUCUGGUGUUAUUGGAUUUGUUGAGUCUUCUCAACAAGAUUUUCUCCUUUAGGAGUUGCAUACAACCUGUGGAAACUAGUUGCUUCCACAGCUCAGUGUAGGCAGAAUCUGCUCUGAAGCUUGAAAGGUUCAUCUGCUGUUCACAGCAGUUAGCAGAUGUGAAUGAAGUACUGUUAUCUAGAGGAUGCAUUUUGCUGGUUUACUUUCCAUUUCAAGAUCAGGGUCAUGCGGAAGCCUGAUUGCCUGCUGUGCUCCUAAGAAGCUCCUCUAUAAAAAGCAGAGAAGUUUAUAAGGCACUGUUCAAAACUGCUUUCUUGCAAGUUUCCAAAUUACUUAGAGGAUGAACAAGAAAGUUAGCAACCACGAUAAACAGUAAUGAAUGAUGGCAAUUACGAGGUGAGGUAAGAUUCCCAGAUUGUAUGGAAGCUUCUUGUUUGACAUAAAAAGGACUUUGGAAGUUUGGUAUCUUGAAGCUUUUUUUUCCUGGCUUACUGUGUGUGUCAUUCAAAGAGGUCUGGAAAGCCCAGUGAGAGCGAGCUCUGCAGCACCACGUUGCCGGUUGAUAACACUGUGUGCCAUUUGCUUUCCUUCUCUAGGAAGAGAUGCUAAUUUUACCAGUCUUCAGUUCCCCGAACUAAACCAAGAAUUCUUUUUUUAAUUCUCCCUGUUACUUUUUCUUUGACGCAGCAGCUGGUUUUGACUGAUAGUUUUAUGCUCUUGUCAGCAGUUCAGGCACAAGAGAAGCACACGAGAAUUUGAGACCACUAUCCUCCCUCAGCCCUACUUACUCCUUUUUAAGUGACCAGGUUUGUACCCACAUCUGUUUGUCAGGUUGGUUUGAAUGAGCUUCAUCCACGUCCCUUAAAAAACAAAAAUAAGUUGUGGGUGUGCUGGGAUGGUGUUCUCCCAUCUUAGUGUUCCUAGGGGUGAAGACUGACAUAGUUGCAAGCAAUUCCAGUUAUGUCUAUGGCAAUCUCAGCUGCUGCUUCUCCUGUGCUUCAGCCAGUUCCUUGAUGUUCAGGUUUCUGAUGCACUUGGACUUGUUGAUUUCACUAAGGAAGUCAGUGUAAACUGUGAAGGGUUUCUGUUUGAUUUGGUCUUUCAAAUAUUACCAUUACAGCUACAAUGGUUUAAUGAUUGCUUUCCUGUUCCUUUUUUGUUUGGGAACUGAUGCAACUUUCAGAGUUUUGGCUGAUAUUUCUGGUGCUUCGGCAAGAAUGCUGGUGAUUCGUUUGUCAGUGGUGAUCAAGCUUUUCUUCCAGCUGGGUGCAUCUGUUUGUCCUGAGAAAUGUGACUGCUCUUUCAAAAAUGCAAUUCAUUGCUCUGAUCCUCACAUAAAAGACCUGGAAUCAUUAAAUCUUCCUUGCAAUAUGACAAAAAUUCACAUAACAAACACUAAUGUAACAUACGUGCAGGAUGUUUUUUCUGGGAUGGGAGAACUGCAGCAUCUCAUCUUGUCUUCAAACAAUAUCGCUCUGGUUUCACCGGCGGCAUUUAAAGGCUUGAGAAGGCUGAAAGCCCUCAAACUGCUGGAUAACAAACUGGUUGAACUUCCUCCCGAAGUGUUCAAUGACACGGUACAUCUUCAGCAACUGAUCAUUGAAAAUAACAGGCUGAAAUCCAUCCAAGAGAAUCUGUUUGACAGACUCGGCAGUUUGGAGGAGCUUUUCUUGAACAAAAACCAACUAAGAACACUUCCCAGUGGUGUGCUGAAGAAACUUGCCAAACUCAAAGUACUGAAUUUGUCAAGAAAUUCUUUGGCAGCGCUGCCUAGAAAUAUAUUUAGUGCAUUAACUAAGCUUGAGAAGCUGAUGUUGUACUUUAACAGGCUCUCUUCAAUAGAGUCUGGUAUAUUUGAUAGCCUGAGGGAGCUGCUGGAACUCUUUCUGCAUUCCAAUGACAUUCAGUCUAUUGCCCCUGAUGUAUUUCAUCACCUUCAUAAACUUAGAAGCCUAACGCUGUCCAGAAACAAGCUUGAGAUUUUGCCCCCUGGGCUCUUUCUGCACUUACGUGAUCUGUCUAAACUGACCUUAUAUGGGAACCCACUGAAGUCUCUUCCAGAAGUGCUGUUUGGAGAAAUGAGGAAUCUUGGUAGCCUGUGGUUGUAUCAUACACAGCUCUCAACGAUACCAGAUUUUGUGUUCAGCAACUUGACGAAUUUGGAGCUCCUUGUGCUGAGUUUUAAUCCAGAGCUUAGUGUUCUUCCCGAGAACGCGUUCAGUGGUCUGAAAGAACUGCGGGGCCUUUCUCUGCAUACAAAUAAUAUUUCCAGCCUGCCAGAGGGCAUCUUCCGGAGCCUUCAGAAACUGCAGAACGUUUCCCUUUUCAGUUCCAGGCUUCAGGCUCUUCCAAGAAGCCUCUUCCAUAAUCUCAAGCACCUCCAGAAAGUUUACCUCAAUAGCACUAAGCUGCAGUCUCUUCCUGAAGAUCUGUUUACCGCUUUACCUGAGCUGCAAGAAGUCUUCCUUGAUGACAACCCUUGGAAAUGCGAUUGCCAAAUUCUUGGCUUCCGAGAGUGGCUCCAGAAGAGCACGGAGGUGGUAAAAGAAGCACAAUCUCUAAUGUGUGACAGCCCGCUCUCAUUAAGGAACGUUCCUCUUCUGGCUCUAACAGAUCGCCACCUGCAGUGCCUGCCAACCACAGCCACUGCCUACCAGACGUUCAAGUCAACUUGUUCCCAUACUUUGACCUCUCUUACCAUGGAGCACUUAAAAUCGUCUUGGGAGACAACUGUAACAGCAGUGUCUGACAUGGCUACCAGCACACCUACAUCAGCUCCAGUUGCGAGAGAGACUCCAGGUUUUACCUAUUCACACAUUCAAGACGUUGAAGGCUCUGGCUCUCAUUUCUUAGACGUUCCAACCCAAACUUCUCCCAACGUCAUAGAAACCAACAGCGUCAGAGGAACAGUUUUGACUACUCUUGCCCCGUGGGAUGAAUUACCUGCUUACAGGAGUACCGAGCCCCAUUAUAAUACCAGAAUUGUUUGUUGUCAGCUAUUCUUGUGCCUUCACAGUUUGGUUUUAGCACUCCAGACUGUCAUCAUUGUGCUCAGUCUGUAUGUGGUGGUUAAAACCAGGCAACUCUUGCACUCCAGAAAUGUUCCUGCUCAGCCUGUAGUUCUCAUAAAAUUGGUAAAACAGUAGAGAAUAUGAGUCAAAGAAAGGAUUAGAAAUGUUGCUCUGAAAGCAUUUUGAGCAUUUGGGCAGUUUGCUUGGUUCAGAUAUGGCUUACAGAUCUCCCCACGAAGGACCACAGCAAGGACCUUGUCUCUACAGUAUAACAAAAAUGGGCUUUCAUAUACCUCAGUGUUUGCCAAGAGCGACUGCAGUCACUGCACACUGCGAUGGCACUUGGUGUACAGAACGCAGAUGGAGUGCUGAAAGAAGAUCCACGUCCACCUCCGCACACAGCUCUGCCCUUCGGUCAGUGCUCCACCGCCUCCCUGCGUUGGGCCGUAGCCCUGUCCUGGGCAGGGCACUGCUGGCUGCUGUGCUCACACCACUGCCAUGGAAGUGGCCCCUCCGUGUGACUGGCUUGUGGGAAAGAGCUCUCCGUGGGCAGGGAAAAAAUGCAAACAGCACAGGGAGGUUUACACGGGAGCACAGCUUUAACUGUUGUUUAAAGGUUGCCUGGAGUACUCCAAAUAUUAUUAUGCCUUGCAGUGCCUGCA